AUGCAAUUCUCCACCGUCGCCAUCUUAGCCUCCGCUGCUUUCGUUUCUGCUGCCACCGUCACUGAAACCGACUCAUCUUCCACUUUAGUUACUAUCACUUCAUGUGGUUCUGAAGUCACCGACUGUCCAGCUGACUCCACUGUCGCUGCUGUUGCUUCUUCAUCUGUUGCUGCCAACUCCACUCUUGCUAACGUUACCACCGCUGAAGCUGGUGCUAACAAGCAAUUCGCUGCUGCUGGUGUUGCCGCUUUAGCUGCUGGUGCUUUAUUGGCUUUAUAA